CAUAGGAGAAAAAAGUUUCAACUUUCUGGUCAACUCACGCGCCUUCUCUAAACCCACCCUUUACAAUUCUCUCGUGUAUUUACAGUACAAUUUUAGCUUGAUCUGAUAAAAGUACAACUGGAAGAAUUUGGGGUUUGAUGACUAAUUCUUUGGAGUUAAUUCUUGUUUUGUUUUUUUUGGAAAGCUGCCUUCUUGAAUUGACUACUUCUUGAUUCGGUUAGUUGGUUUUUGUGUUAAAGCUGAGUUCUUUUUUUGUCUAUUUUAAGGUUUUGUGCAGUGUGUGUGUUUGAUGCCACUGUUUUUGAGUUCUUGGAUGAAAAAUCUGAGGUGGGGCAGUGAGAUUGUUGUUGUGAAGUUUGUGAUUUAGAUAUUUUGGGAGGUGUUUUUUGAGAAGGCUGCAAUUGGGGUUGGUGGUAAAUGCAGCAAAGACUUAAUCUUUCUGUGGGAUUUCAGCUCUUUUUGCUAUAUUGGUUUUGCCAGGUGUUUGAUGCUAUCGUUUCUUGAGUUUUUAUCUGAGGUGGAUCAGUGAGAUUGUUGUUGGGAAGUUUGCGAUUUAGAGGGAUUUUUAGGAGGGAGGUGAAAGCUCUUUUGCUCUAUUGGGGUUUACAGGUAUUUGAUGCCACUGUUUGUUGAGUGUUUUGGUUGAAAUUUUGAAGUGUGUCAGUGAGAUUAUUGUAGAGAAGUUUGUGAUUUAGAUAUUUGAAAGGUGUUCUUCAGAAAAACUGAAUUAGGUUGGUGGUAAAUGCAGCAAAGACUUGAUCUUUUGUGGGAUUUUGAAGAAGGGUGUGAAAGCUCAUUUGCUCUAUUGGGUUUUAUAGGUGUUUGAUACAAGUGAUUCUUGAGUUUUUUGCUUGAAAAUUAGAAGUGGGCCAGUAAGAUUCUUCUUGGAGAUUUUGUGAUUUCGAUAUCCGAAAGGUGUUCUUCGGUAGGAUUGCAACAGGGUUGGUGGUAAAUAUAGCAAAGACUUGAUCUUUGUGGGAUUGUCUGAAGGGGGUGAACACCUGUUUGGUUAACUGGUGUUGUUGGGAGGUUUGAGAUAUUCAUGAGAAGCAUUGUCUGCUUUGUUGAUGCUGAUUCAAGAAGAAAUGGGUGUGAGAGGAGUAUCCCAAUUGUCUGUUUUCACCAUUAUCCUUUUUACUAUAGUGGCAGCAAAUCCCGUGAGUAAUAGGCCAGAGGAUCAUUUACUGGCCAAACAAAUCAGUUCUGUGGGGAUUAACCAGGAAUUGGCUGAGGAGUUAUGGUUGAACUGUAGGCUAGAGUUGGUACAUUCUAAUGAAGCUGUUGAAGAUCUUGAGUUUAGUGAUCCUGGAGAAGAAGCAAACGGAAUCUUUACUAACAGAAGAUCAUUAACUAAAAAUAAAGAGAAAAAUGCCAAUCUACUCAUCAAGGAAGCCCUUAUGGGUUGUCUAGUGAAGAAAAAUCUUCUGUUUCUUAUUUCGGGAGAGGAGAAGCAUUCACCUACAUGGUAUACCAGAUGCAUGGACUUCCUCUUUUCCUGGUAUGGUGCACCUAGACGGCGUGAAUUGCUUCAGGUUGGAGAUGCGCCAGCUCCUGCUCCUGCUCCAGCUACUUCCAGUUCUGAAACUCCCAAUUCUCCGCCACCUGCCCGUCCUCCUACGAUGCCAUUUUUUCCUCGAGACUACAAUGAUUCUAGCAAAACCUCUGGUCCUAGUGAUCAGUCUUCUACUAGUCAAAACUCUACUUCGGAUGGUCAAUCAAAUAAGAAAAAAAGCAGCACUAAAACAGUUUUGGUUGCAGUUCUUGUGACUGCUGCAGUCACAUUUAUUGUUGUUGCGCUCUUUUUUAUAUGCUAUUGCAAGGUUUGUGGGGUUGGAUACAGAAAGGGGAAAAAUGAUGAGAGGCCUCUUCUUAGCCUAAGCAUAAGUGACUAUUCUGUUGCUUCAAGGCACGGUAGUGCUGGUAAUCAUUCAGUCAGUGAUGAUUCCCACAAUAAAAUGGGUAAAACUUUCUACAUGGAGCCGAACGCUCUUAAUGGUUCUAAAAGUGAGAUCCCUUUGGGAACUGUUACAGGCAUUGCUGUGGCUGCAGCAGGGGUUUCUGAGCAGAUACCGCCUGGAAGAAUGGGGAUGCAUGGACAGCCUCCGCUUAAGCCUCCGCCUGGUAGGGUAAAUCCUUUUGAAGAUCCUACUAGUCCAGUCCCUCCUCCACUACCUCCUGCCAAGAUAACUAAUCUCGCUGCUCCAUCCCCACCGCCACCGCCACCGCCACCAAAGCCUUCAGCUGGCGGUCCACGUCCUCCUGCACCAGGGCCGCCUCCUCCACCACCCAUACCAAUUCGUGCUAAGGCUGGUCCUCGUCCGCCACCACCUCCGGGACCUGGUGUUACUCCACCUCGUCCUCCUCCCACAGGCUUGAAGCCACCUCGACCUUCGCCUCUUGGAUCAAAUGCAUCCUCUAGUGCUUCAGUUGAGGGAUCUGAGAGUGAUCCUUCUAAAACGAAGCUAAAACCUUUCUUCUGGGAUAAGGUUCUAGCAAACCCUGACCAUUCAAUGGUUUGGCAUCAAAUCAAAUCAGGAUCAUUCCAAUUUGAUGAAGAUAUGAUAGAGAGUCUCUUUGGAUAUGCUCAUGCUGAUAAAGACAAGAAUGGUCCAAAGAAGGACUCUAUGCUCCAAGAUGGUUCUAAACAAUAUGUUCAAAUUAUUGAUCAAAAGAAGGCACAAAAUUUAGCUAUUCUUCUUAAAGCCUUAAACGUGACAACUGAAGAAGUUUGCGAUGCCCUUAAAGAAGGAAAUGAGCUUCCAUCUGAACUCCUUCAAACUUUGCUUAAGAUGGCACCAACUGCUGACGAAGAAUUGAAGCUGAGGCUCUACAAUGGGGAUCUCUCUCGGCUUGGGCCUGCGGAACGAUUCCUGAAAGUCUUGGUUGAUAUUCCAUUUGCCUUCAAAAGACUUGAAUCCUUGCUCUUUAUGUGCAGUCUUGAGGAGGAGGCAUCAAUGGCUAAAGAAUCAUUUGCUACUUUGGAGGCUGCUUGCACGGAACUACGGAAGAGCAGGUUGUUUCACAAGCUCCUUGAGGCGGUUUUGAAAACUGGCAAUCGUAUGAAUGAUGGAACAUUUCGUGGUGGUGCUCAAGCAUUUAAACUUGACACGCUUCUGAAACUAUCAGAUGUAAAAGGAAUAGACGGCAAAACUACGUUGUUGCAUUUUGUUGUUCAAGAGAUAAUCCGUUCAGAAGGUAUACGAGCUGCCCGUGCCAGAGAUCGAGGGAGCGUGUCUAGCAUCAAGUCUGAUGAUCUACCCGAGGAUCAGUCUCAAGAUGCAGAGGAGUAUUAUCGAAGCACUGGUCUACAGGUUGUUUCAGGUUUGAGUAGUGAACUUGAAAAUGUGAAAAAAGCUGCAAUUUUGGACGCGGACAGCUUAACAGGCACAGUAUCCAAGCUUGGUCGUGCACUAAAAGAAUCACGGGAUUUCCUAAAUUCAGAAAUGAAGAACGUAGAUGACGAAAAUAGGUUUCACCAGACCCUGAAGAGUUUUGUGCAGAAUGCUGAGCUUGACAUCAUGUGGUUAUUCGAGGAAGAAAAAAGAAUUAUGGCCUUAGUUAAAAGCACAGGGGAUUAUUUCCACGGAAAUGCUGGGAAAGAUGAAGGUUUACGAUUGUUUGUUAUCGUUCGUGAUUUUCUGAUAAUAUUAGAUAAGGUAUGCAUAGAGGUGAAAAAUGCUCAGAGAAAGCUAAACGGCACGCCAAAGAAGGAGAAUGUGGCAAGUAAAACUUCAGAGUCCACCAAUCCACCGCCCCUCGAUCUCCGACAGAAGCUUUUUCCAGCUAUCACAGAUAGAAGAAUCGAUGAUUCUAGUUCGGAUGAUGAUGCUUCUUAAGGUAAGGGAUCUGAGUCAUUUUCGAGCUCAAGUAUGGUAAAUAUGGAAAUGAGAUUUAGUUUUUGAAAGUCGUGCUAACAGAGGGAUCUCAAUUUGAGGCAACAGAGGUGCUUGGAGUUGCUCAAAGACGACGAUAUGGCUAGUACAUGACUCUAUUUCAAUAUUUUUCACUUGUACUUGGAAAAUUCUUAUUCAUUUUUUCUCCAGUUUAGUUGAUAAUUCUUUUUUUAAAAAUAUGUAAUUGAACAAAGUAGCUAUGUUGAUUAUUAUCUAUGGUGUUGACUAAUUGAAAUGGUAGAUUUGUUAUUCAUCAUAA